AUGGCCCUGCAACCUUUUCAAAUUGCAGGGGAGAUAUUAAUUAUAGUAUUUCUUAUUUGUAACGCCGGAAUCCAAAUUAGCGGUGAAAUUCCGACGACCCUUGAGGGGCCGUUUCGUCCGGUGACUGUGCCGUUGGAUAAAAGUUUCAGGGGACAUGCAAUCGAUUUGCCCGAUAACGAUCCCAGAGUCCGAAGAAACGUUACAGGUUACGGGCCCGAGCAAAUUUCAGUUUCCUUAUCCUCCACUUAUGAUUCAGUCUGGAUUUCUUGGAUUACAGGGGAGUUUCAAAUCGGCAAUAACAUAAAACCGUUGAACCCGAAAACUGUUACAAGUGUGGUUCACUAUGGAAAGCUGAGAUAUCCCAUGACUCACAAAGCCAAGGGGCAAUCGCUCGUUUACAGUCAGCUAUACCCUUUCGAGGGCCUCCAGAAUUAUACUUCUGGGAUUAUUCAUCAUGUCCGUCUUACAGGUCUUGAGCCAAACACUCUAUAUUACUAUAGGUGUGGGGACCCAUCAAUACCUGCAAUGAGUGGGAUUUAUCAUUUCAAAACAAUGCCGGCUUCUGGUCCUAAAAGCUAUCCAAGUCGUAUAGCCGUUAUGGGAGACCUGGGCCUUACAUACAACUCUACUUCCACAGUCGAUCACUUGGCGAGCAACAAGCCGGAUCUUAUUUUGUUGGUUGGGGACGUGACCUAUGCUAACUUGUACCUCACGAACGGGACUGGUUCUGAUUGUUACUCUUGCUCGUUUGCGGAUACUCCUAUACACGAGACCUAUCAGCCUCGUUGGGAUUAUUGGGGAAGGUUUAUGCAGCCAGUAAUAUCUAAAAUUCCAAUAAUGAUGGUGCAAGGGAACCAUGAAAUAGAAGAACAGGCUGAAAAUCGAACUUUUGCUUCCUACAGUUCUCGAUUUGCAUUUCCAUCAAAUGAAAGCGGAUCUUCUUCUCCAUUCUAUUAUUCUUUUAAUGCGGGUGGCAUACAUUUUAUAGUCCUAGGCGGAUAUGUUGCCUACAAUAAAUCAGACGAUCAAUACAAAUGGCUGCAGAAGGAUCUGGCAAAAGUUGAUCGAGAAGUGACUCCAUGGUUAGUUGCCACAUGGCACCCGCCUUGGUACACCACUUACACAGCACACUACCGAGAGGCUGAAUGUAUGAAAGUAGCUAUGGAGGAUUUACUUUACCAGUAUGGUGUGGAUAUAGUCUUCAAUGGACACGUUCACGCUUAUGAGAGGUCAAACAGAGUGUAUAACUAUACCCUCGAUCCAUGUGGGCCAGUCUACAUAGCGAUUGGUGAUGGUGGAAAUAGAGAGAAAAUGGCAAUCACGCACGCUGAUGAUCCCGGUUACUGCCCUGAACCAUCGACCACACCCGAUCAAUUUAUGGGGGGAUUUUGUGCAUAUAAUUUCACGCGGGGCCCAGCUGCUGGCAAGUUCUGCGGGGAUCGACAACCUGAAUAUAGCGCUUACAGGGAAACCAGCUUUGGCCAUGGAAUCCUACAGGUGAAGAACGAGACACAUGCUCUUUGGACGUGGCACCGUAAUCAGGACAUGUACAAUAAAGUCGGAGAUCAGAUUUACAUUGUGAGGCAACCUGGGAGAUGUUCGGUUAAGCCAAAGGUUGAUCAAAAUAUAAGCUUAAUGUGUGCAAAAGGGUUGGAGAAAAAUUUUGUUUGUUCUGAUUACCAAGUUUGA